GAACCCGUUUCCUGUUUAUGCGCGUGUCCGUGUGAGGGGGUUCUGAGGAGAACGUUCAGUUUCACAAUAUGGCUGAUAUAAAUAGGCAAUUGCAGGAGUACCUGGCUCAGUCGAAAAGUGGGGGUGAAGCUGGGUCGCCAUCGGCUUCGAGCACCGUCGAUAUUGGAGAUGCCGAGUCUCCGAGUACAGGGAAUGGAACUUGGUUCGGCCGAUGGUCGAGUCCUUUUUCUGGAUCAGCAUCCGGAGGCCAGGGAUCAAGCCCCGGUGUUACCUGGCCGUGGUCUAGUGAACCAGACUCGUGUCUUCCGGGUAUGAGCCGUUCGCAAAGACUGAUUAGCUUUGGAAUCUGCGUUGCGAUGUCUGUUCUUUGUUUCGGUCUGUCUGCUCUCUACGCGCCGCUGCUGCUUCUGAAAGCCCGCAAGUUCGCUCUGCUCUGGUCGCUGGGUUCUGUAUUCGCACUGGUUGGUGCUGCGAUACUGCAGGGACCCAGUAAGCUGCUAGUUACCACAUCCCCGGGUGCCGCCCUGUACCUCACAGCUCUAACGGGGACCCUGUACUCUGCCCUCAGCCUCCACAGCACCGCCCUCACCGCCCUGGGCGCUGCCUUGCAGAUAGCAGCGAUCGUCGGAUACAUUAUUGCCUUGAUCCCCGGAGGAAGCACUGGGAUCCGGUUCCUUGGUGGAAUGGUAUCCUCGGCUGUCAAGCGCACGGUCUCCGGCAAGACAUUACCCAUAUGAUCGAAGCGGCGAACAGACAGCAGAUAUUUAAUGCAUUCAAUUGGCAUUUCUGUACUACGAUUGAAAGAGAUUCACGAAACAGAUGUCAUGUUCUAUUUGUCAGAAAAAAGCUGUUACGUUUAGUACAACAUUCAGAACGAAAUGAACACAUUUGUCUGCAACAGCUGUAAACGUUUUGAAAGACAUGACAUUGGGAGCUGCCUGUUAAAUACAGUAUUUCGAAUAAUGUAAGGUGGUUAAACAAAGCAAGGAGAGCCGCAUAUAAAAAAACUGCGCACUUACUCUGUACUGGAUCUCACACCUUUUCAAGACAGGCAGACUGCCUCUGACAUUCCUACAUUAGGUAUCCUACCUUACUGCACACAGCCCCCCAUUUACAUACUGAUUUAUGAAACCCUGAGUUUUAACACUGCUACGACGAAUACCACGAGAGACCAAAGCUAACCAAAUGUUUGUCAGUAUUUUGUUGGAACUGCGUGUAUUUGAAGUUUUAAUAUUGUGAAUAAAGCUGUGAAGUUUUGUUUCUA